GUAACCUGUGGCUCUUUGGUCUCUUCAGUGAUGACUCUCAUGAUCCUGCUGUGUGCACAUGAUCAAAAAGUUGAUGCGGUUUCUCUUCGUAUCGUUCCAAACAGAUUGCAGUUUUUCGAAUAUGAAUCAGUGAUAUUUUACUGUGAGGAUGCUGUUUAUUGGGAAGUUGUGCAUAAUUCCAAAGGGAAAAUAAACUCAUGCAGUCACAACAACCAGGGAAAAGCAGGAUCAUUGUGCAUAAUAAAAAGUGUGUAUCCAGACGACAGUGGAGAGCGCUGGUGUGAGACUAAAGGAGCAAACAGAAGCGACAGCAUCAACAUUACUGUUACUGCUGGAUCUGUGGUCCUGGAGAGUCCUGCUGUUCCUGUGAUGCAGGGUGAAGCUGUGACUCUUCGCUGCAGAAACAAAACUGCUUCCUCCAACUUCACCUCUAAUUUUUAUAAAGAUGGAGCUCAUGUUCACAGUAGCUCCACAGGAGACAUGAUAAUCCACAGAGUUUCAAAGUCAGAUGAGGGACUUUACAAGUGCAACAUCUCAGGAGGUGGACAGUCACCGGAGAGCUGGCUCAGUGUCACAGCGACUGUAACAGACCACUCCUCAGAGCCCAGCUGUCAUAUUUACCUCAUCUUACGAAAUGUCUUCACUCUGAUGAUGGUGGCUCUGCUGCUGCUUUUUGUGGGACUUCUUCACUUUAGGAAACUCGGAGCUACGGCUAACUAAUGGUUGCCCAACUAUAAAUGUCACUGUGACACAAGAGAAAAUGAAACAUCAAAGCUAAAGAGUUAAAAUCACAUCAUGAUUCAUCUGGAUACUCAAUGAAGAAUUUUGCAUGCUGUUUUUUUAAGCUUUUAGCAGCAGGUGUAUAAUGUGCUGUGACAUCUUUAAGAAGUUAAAACAAUAAAAAACAAAAUAGAAGUCAUAUAUGUAGAAACAUUUUUAAGACAACCACCAUAAUUCUGACAAACAUCUGCAAAAUGACUGCAAUAUUGCUACUUGUCUAGUAAUAUACUUUCAUUUGCGUUUGUUUUUGUGGACACAAGUGAGAAGUAUGACGUUUUAUGUACUAAUAUCUGUUUCACUUUUAUCUGAUUGUAUUUUAUAUGCUAAAAAUAAUAAAUACAUUAAACAAAGAUUUGAUCAUAUACUUAAAUAAUUGCCUUUGCAAUGCAAGGCAUGUUGGGCUGGACAGUAGAUAACUUUAAAACAGGCCUUUCAGGUGUUUUUUUUUUUUUAAUUCUUUUAAAUUGGCUUUUAUGCAGUAAUUUUAAUGGUAAAAUUAACUUGAGAUCAAGUUGAGGUUGUGAGUGAUUUUGAUCCACAAACUACAAUUUGUAAAUGUUUCACAAUAAAUUUUAGCAAACAGCAAACCUUGCUGUUUUCAGAGGGAGAGUGCAAUUGUUGUAUUUCAGUGAUUUAUCUUCGGUUAUAAUGUCAUACACCAGCAUAUGUGAUCAAAGGUACAAACCUGAAGCAUGAAAAUGCCCAUUGAAAGACAAA